GUCUGAGUUCUUUGCUGACGCUUCGCUCAACCAUCGACCAUUCAAUACACACAAUACACACAGUCUUAUGGCAAACAGCGAAAGCUGAAAGACCCGUGUAAUCGUGGUCAAAUACAACAGAUCGGAAGAUUGGAGAAGAAUACAUGUUAUAAGUGCGUUGAUGUGUAAUUAACGUAAAAACAUAUUAAUAGUGCUUAAAAAUGCCAUCACAAGAAAUAACAGUGGCCCAACCUCCGCCUAUCGAAGGCGAGGAUACGGCACCGUCCUCACAGCCGAUCGUCGGCAUAAUUUAUCCUCCUCCGGAGGUUAGAAAUAUUGUCGACAAAACUGCAAGCUUCGUUGCAAGGAAUGGCCCGGAAUUCGAAUCAAGAAUUCGACAAAAUGAAUUGGGAAACCCAAAGUUCAAUUUCCUCAAUUUUGGUGACCCCUAUCAUGCUUAUUAUCAACAUAAAGUCAAAGAAUUCAAGGAAGGCAAGGGUCAAGAACCUACUUUGGGUUUAGGCCCUCCAAAAGCCGCCACUCUUAGUGCGCAUCAAAAACAGUUGGAAAUACUGAAACAGGUGGAACAACCUUUUGUUCCAAAAGAUCCUCCUGCAGAAUUUGAAUUUAUCGCAGAUCCGCCAUCAAUUUCUGCAUUGGACUUGGACAUUGUCAAAUUGACAGCCCAAUUUGUGGCAAGAAAUGGUAGACAAUUUCUCACAAAUCUGAUGAACCGAGAACAGCGGAAUUUCCAAUUCGACUUCCUUCGACCGCAGCAUUCGUUGUUUCAGUAUUUUACAAAGUUGUUAGAACAGUACACAAAAGUUCUCAUUCCUCCCAAAGAUUUAUUACCUCGUUUGCGCGAUGAGGCCUACACGAUGGAUAAAAUUCUAGAACAAGUGAAGUAUCGGGCUGAAUGGCUCAAGUACCAAGAAGCGCAGAGGCGUAAAACAGAGGAAGAAUUGGAGCGGGAGAGAGUAGCGUACGCGCAAAUCGAUUGGCAUGAUUUCGUCGUUGUUGAAACUGUCGAUUAUCAACAAUUUGAAGUUGGUAAUUUUCCAGCGCCAACCACACCGGACGAAGUUGGUGCGAGGGUUCUAAUGCAGGAACGAAUCGAGGACGGUGAAGAUGUCGAAAUGCAAAUCGAAAGUGAUGGCGACGACGAAAUGGAAAAUCGUACCGAUGCUGACAAAGAUCGUGCCAAAGACAACAACCAGGUACAAGACAUGGAAGAGGAUUCGAGUGACGAGGAGGAAGACGACGACGUUUCUCCCCCUGGAGAAUCUCAGAAAUCGAAGGACGGAAAAAUCCGGGAUUCCAGUAUGCAACCGCCGCCUUUGCCACCGACUCCUGGAAAUGUUCUGGUCAAGAAAGGCUACGAUCCUAAGCAGCAUGCAACUAAAGUAUCGAGACCAGCAGCACCGGACGAAUAUCUCAUAUCACCGAUAACUGGCGAAAGAAUACCGGCGAGUAAAGUUCAGGAGCACAUGAGGAUCGGUUUGCUGGAUCCGCGCUGGGUGGAGCAGCGUGACAAACAUUUGGACAAAUUAGCCCAAGAAACGGUGUUCGCGCCAGGUACAGCGAUCGAGGCGAGUUUGAAGCAGCUCGCGGAGCGUCGUACCGAUAUUUUCGGUGUCGGUGACGAGGAAACUGCGAUUGGUAAGAAGAUCGGCGAAGAGGACAAGAAAAAAGAUGAUAAAGUUACUUGGGAUGGACACACGUCGAGCGUCGAAGCAGCCACGCGAGCAGCUCGAGCGAAUAUCACGCUCGAGGAACAAAUUCAUCAAAUACACAAAGUCAAAGGACUUUUGCCGGACGAGGAAAAAGAGAAAAUCGGCCCUAAGCCGGCGAAUCGAGGCGCUGAAUUGUCGCACAUGGCUGCAGCCGCAUCCAAACCGCAAGCUACGUUGAAAGCUCCUCCGAAACCACCCGCACCCAAGCCCAUGCCGGUACCGGCUCAACCUCCACCUCCACCACCCCCACCUGCGAUGACUAUGCCCGCAAUGCCAAUGCCUCAACCAAUGAUGGCCCAACCACCGCCAAUGAUGAUGAUGGCUCCGAUGGCACCCAUGCCACCGAUUAGACCGCCUCCACUCAUGACACCAGCUAUGUCGCCCUUCAUGCCCACACCACCUCCGAUGCAGCCUCCAAUAAACACGCAGAUGGCAAUGAAACACACGUCUGAACCAAUGGAAGAAGAGCCACCGGCAAAGAAACUGCGUACAGAAGAUUCGCUCAUUCCGGAACAACAAUUCUUGACUCGAAACAAGGGUCCGGUUCAAUUGAGUAUAGUCGUGCCGGUGAUGACAGAGAAAGCGGAAUGGAAAUUGAACGGUCAAACCUUGAGCAUAACAUUGCAACUGAGCGACACGGUGGCAACGAUCAAGGCCCGAAUCCACGAACAAACGGGAAUCCCGCCAGGAAAACAAAAGCUGCGAUUCGAGGGAAUGUUUUUCAAGGACAGCAACAGCCUGGCAUAUUACAAUUUAGCAUCGGGUAACGUUAUAAGUCUCGUGCCGAAGGAGCGAGGUGGUAGAAAAAAAUAAAUCAUCUAAAUCUCA